AUGGCCACCCCAACCCCGAAACUCACCGUCGCCAUCAUGGGCGCCGGACCAGCAGGUCUUACCCUCGCCUCCCUCCUCCGCGCUCAAUCCAUCCCCUAUACUAUUUUCGACCUCUCUUCCACCGUCUCCACUGCCGGUGGAACCCUCGACUUGCACCCCUCUGCCGGCCAAGCCGCCCUCCGCGCCGCAAACCUCUGGACGCCCUUUGUCAAACACGCGCGGCCCGAGUCCGACGUCAUGAAAAUCGUCUCGCCCGCCGGCGUCGUUCUUUGGGACGAGAACAAAGGCGGCGCGGACGAGCAACCCGCCCCAGAAACUGAAGACGAGCUCUUCGGCGGACGCCCCGAGAUCGACCGCAGCGCACUCCUAUCCAUCUUGCUCGAAGGCGCUGGAGGCGCUGACGCCGUUACCUGGAACAAGAAGCUGGUUGAAGUCGUUCCCGGUGCCAAUAGCACGCAUACUCUACGCUUUGCCGACGGUACCGUCUCGGAGGAGUUCGAUCUAGUGGUUGGAACCGACGGUGCCUGGUCCAAGGUCCGCAACAUCCUGACACCCACAAAACCGCAUUAUUCCGGCAUUUCGUCCCUCGAACUCUGGUCCCUCGACGUCGCCAACCGCAACCCUUGGCUUUCCGCGUACGCCGGCGCGGGCAACUGCUUCACUUUUGACGCGGACAGCGCAAUCCAGGCCCAGCGCAACGGCGACGGCUCUGUACGCACAUACGCCAGUCUGCGCGUCCCCGAGACCUUUUUCGCCGACUAUGGGGUCGACUUCAACGCGCCAGACGCCGCUAAGCAUGUUCCUGCGUACGUCGAGAAGUAUUUCGGCCACGUUGGUGAUGAUCUGAAGAAGAUACUGCUGUCGAGCACGGAUAAAGUGAUCCCACGCACGCUCUAUCACCUUCCGCCCGGGUUCAGCUGGGAGGGCAAACCUGGCGUAACCUUGCUGGGGGAUUCGGCGCAUCUGAUGACUCCAUUUGCCGGUGUGGGUGUUAAUGCAGCGAUGUUGGAUGCGCUAGAGCUUUCGAAGGCGAUAGUGGCAGUCGCGCAGGAGCCGGAAAAGGGAAGUCUGGCGGAAGCUAUUCGGGGGUAUGAGAAAGAGCUGUUUCCUAGGGGAGAGAAGUAUGCGCGGAAGACGCUAGCGAACUUGAAUGGCCACUUCAAGGCAGGGGGGAGUGAAGAACUAACGGCGAGGAUGAGGGCACAUCAUGCGCCGCAUUGA